AUGGUCCGUUGUGGAUGCAGAAACUCGUGGAAUCAUAUCCGAGGAGAAAGAAAAGAGAAUGCAAAGAAGAAGGUGUCAGCCAAGCAGACAUGGGUUGAGAAAGAUCAACCCUUCAAUCCCAGUGAACCUCUCAAAAGUACAAAGCAGGAGACUGUUGAGACAGCAAAGCACAAAAGUAGUGGUGACAGCAUACAAGACAACAUUGUGCAAUCCAAGGACCAGCCACAACAGGAGCUUCAAUUACCCAGAAUUGCUCAGCUGCAGCAAGUUCCUAGUCAGGCUCCUUCUGCAGAUGUGGUACAAAGUUGGCUGAUGACACCCCAGUUAAACAGCAUCCUAGCUCAAAGGAAGCAUGAGAGUAUUUUCAAACACAAUCUGGAAGAAGGGUUCCUGAAAAGAAUAGCAAAGCGAAAAGUCCGUCGGCAUGUCUUUGGAGAAAUUAACACCAAGAAGGUUUAUCAGUUUGGAACAUCCUGUUCACCUUUUCAUGCGCUGACUACAACUGAGAUGGAGACUCUAACCUUCCCCAGCAAUCUGCCCAUGACACCACGGAUGAUGAACAGGGGCAUAGUGUGCACCACCGAGUCAGAGCUGAAAACGAUGCAGCUGACAUUCCCAGAACUGGAUGAAGAGUCCGGAAAAAAACCUCACCCCAGAGAUAGAAAGAAACCAUUUGGUCCAACCAAAAAGUCCAACUUGCCUCCGAUAAUUAAGAUGUCAAGAUCCCAGCUCUCUGAAAAUAAGAAGAUCUCUGGCUGCCAUCUUCCGAGGGUCCCCACUGUCCCUGCAUCAAUAUCACUCAAGUGGGGAAAAUUCUAA